AUGGCAUCUCCUCCUCCGAUGAAUAUGAUUGCUACGUCUGUGUAUGGAUACCAACUGUCGUUGGGUGUGGGUAUUACAGGUGUGAUACUUUUCACGUUGUCAACUUGUGUUCAUACUUAUCAAAUGUGUGUGACACGCAUGUGGUGGCUCGUAGUGCUGAUACUUGGUGGAAUAAUGGGCUAUGUCGCACGCAUUUAUUCUUGGUAUGAUGAUACUAGUCUCGAUGCAUUUCUUACUCAAACUGUUACUCUUAUGAUUGCACCAUCAUUCUUCUCAGCUGCUCUGUAUAUUGCUUUUGGUCGAAUAAUUUCUAUUCUUGGUCGACAAUAUUCUCUAUUACCACCGUUUUGGUAUACUGUUAUCUUUGUCAUUGCAGAUAUAAUCUCUCUUACUGUCCAAGCAGUCGGCGGAGGACAAGCUGCCGUUGCCGCCAGAACGAAUGCUGACACAUCCAAUGGAACUCAUAUAAUGGUUGCAGGUAUAUGCUUUCAAAUGUUGAGCAUGUCAAUCUAUGUGUUACUUGUCAUAAUCUAUAUGAUUCGACUAUUAAAAUCAAAAGUCGAAUUAACAAGAGAUAUGAAAAAUUUUUUAGGUGGUAUGAGUUUUGUUACGUUGAUGAUCUUUAUCCGUUGUAUUUAUCGUACAAUCGAACUGCUGGAGGGCUGGAGUGGUUAUAUCAUCACUCAUGAAGUCUAUUUUGCAUGUCUGGAUGGUCUACCAAUGAUAAUCGCCGUAGUAGCAUUCAAUGUCUUUCAUCCAGAUCGAUAUAUCAAGAAUGCAAGUCAAGUUAAUGAGGUGAACACUGCUACCGAAUUGAAAUAA